CUCCUCAGCUCAGGUAGCGCUGUCUUCUGGGGCUUUUUCGGGGUUGUUUGUUUGUUUCCUUUUGUUUUUCCUUGAACACAAACACAAAAAGGGAAGACCGAGGAGUUUGCUUGAUGCUUUAGUGCAAUGGACGUAAGAUUUUACUCGCCACCUCCACCUCCUCCACCACCGCCACCUCCGCCACCAGCUCCCCAGUCUGCAGCCGCUCCUGAAACUCCUUGCCUGGGACCUUCUCCUUGCUUGGACCCCUACUACUGCAACAAGUUUGACGGUGAAAACAUGUAUAUGAGUAUGACAGAGCCGAGCCAGGAGUAUGUGCCAGUCAGCCAGUCUUUUCCUGGCCCAAGUCUUGAAAGUGAAGAUUUUAACAUACCUCCUAUCACACCACCUUCAUUACCUGACCACUCACUGGUGCAUUUGAAUGACACAGAAUCUGGUUAUCCUUCACUGUGUCAUCCUAUCAACCAUAAUGGUCUACUUCCAUUCCAUCCACAAAACAUGGAACUACCUGAAAUCACUGUCUCCAAUAUGCUUGGCCAAGAUGGAACACUGCUUUCAAAUUCACUGUCUGUGAUGCAAGAUUUAAGGAAUACAGAAGGAGCUCAAUACAGUUCCCAUCCCCAGAUAGCAGCCAUGAGACCAAGGCUUCAGCCUGGAGAUAUGAGGCAGCCAGGAAUGAUGCAGCAUGGCCAGCUGACUACCAUUAACCAAUCACAACUAAGUGCUCAGCUUGGUUUGAAUAUGGGUGGAAACAAUGUACCCCAUAAUUCUCCAUCUCCUCCUGGAAGCAAGUCUGCAACUCCUUCACCAUCUAGUUCAGUUCAUGAAGAUGAUGGGGAUGAGACUUCUAAGGUCAAUGGAGGAGAAAAAAGGCCUGCUUCUGAUAUGGGAAAGAAACCCAAAACACCCAAGAAGAAGAAGAAGAAGGACCCUAAUGAACCACAGAAACCUGUUUCCGCCUAUGCGUUAUUUUUCCGAGACACUCAAGCAGCCAUCAAGGGCCAAAAUCCAAAUGCUACAUUUGGCGAAGUUUCUAAAAUUGUAGCUUCUAUGUGGGAUGGCUUAGGAGAAGAACAAAAACAGGUAUAUAAAAAGAAAACUGAAGCUGCUAAGAAGGAAUAUCUGAAGCAGUUAGCUGCGUACAGGGCAAGUCUUGUAUCCAAGAGCUACAACGAACCUGUGGAUGUUAAGGUAUCCCAACAACCUCAGAUGAUAAAUGCAAAGCAGUCAGUGUUCCAUGGAUCUACACAACCUCAUUCAGCCUUGUAUCUAAGUUCCCAUUAUCACCAACAAGCAGGGAUGAAUCCUCACAUAACAGCCAUACAUCCCAAUAUUCCAAGGAACAUAGCACCUAAGCCUAACAACCAAAUGCCUGUGACUGUUUCCAUAGCCAACAUGGCUGUAUCUCCACCUCCAUCCCUUCAGAUGAGUCCUCCAAUUCACCCGCACCUAAGUUUACAACAACACCAGCCACUUACAAUGCAGCAGUCCAUUGGGAACCAGCUACCAAUGCAGGUCCAGUCUGCUUUGCAUUCGCCUACAAUGCAACAAGGUUUUACUCUCCAGCCUGAUUACCAGAAUAUUAUCAAUCCAACAUCUACAGCUGCACAAGUUGUUACCCAAGCAAUGGAGUAUGUUCGUUCAGGGUGCAGAAAUCCCCCAGCACAGAGUGUGGACUGGAAUAAUGAUUACUGCAGUAAUGGGGCAAUGCAGAGGGACAAAGCAUUGUACCUUACCUGAAAAUGUCUCAGUAAAGCGCCUCUUCUUUCCACUGAGGAAUGCAGGGAAGUCUUUUCAUCCUGGAUUGCUUUACAUGGUCAAGGCAGUUCUGCAUUUAUUUAGAAAUUAUAAGUUGCUAAGCACUUAGGACUUAUUUGAGCUGGUGGGUCAUUCACUCUGGGAAAAAGUAGUCUUGCUCCUUCCUCCACCCCUCCUUUCUUUUUCUUCCUCCUUCAACAUCCUUUAAUGGACAUUGCUUUUCUUCUUUCCUUAAGGAAGGAGGCUUGGACCAUUCAGAUUUUAUGUUGGUUUUUAUUUUUGCUGUGAAGUGCUGCGCUAGUAACUGCCUUAGCAACUGUAGAUGUCUUGGAUAUAAGUCCUGGAUUUUCCAUUGGUUUUCAUAAUGGGUGUUUAUAUGAAACUACUAAAGACUUUUUAAAUGGCUUGAUGUAGCAGUCAUAGCAAGUUUGUAAAUAGCAUCUAUGUUACACUCUCCUAGAGUAUAAAAUGUGAAUGUUUUUGUAGCUACUUGUAAUUUGAAACUGGCUCAUUCCAGUUUAUUGAUUUCACAAAGGGGGUUAAAUUGGCGAACAUUCAUAUUUUUACUUCAUUUUUAAGCAACUGACUAAUAGUUCUAUAUUUUCAAACUCUUUGAAAGAAAAAAGGGAAAACUAUUCCCAGAUGAAUUUAAUUAAGUGGAAAUUGGCUUUGUGUCAUUAGUUAUACAAAAAAAGUCUAGCGUUGGGAAAAGAGCAAACACAUUUAUUUUGUACUGCCUAAAACUGCUUUUUUAUCACUUUAUGUGUAACAGUUAGUAAACAUCAUUUACGUCCUCUUAUGUAUAAAACUGCCAAAUGCUUUCUUGAUAUUUUAUUAGAUGCAGUAACAGAUUGGAAACAGCUAAAUUAUAACCUUUACAUAUGGCUAUGUAUUAUUGUUUCUUCAUACUGUGUCUGUAUUUAAUCUUUUUUUAUGGAAGCUGUUGCGCCUAUUUAUGAAAUAAUAAAUAUAGGUGUUUGUAAGUAAAUUGGUUAGCAUCUUAAGGAGGAUUUUUUAAACUACUUUUGUUGGCAUCAAUGUAUUUGCUGCUGGUGUGAAUACUAUGAGUUUUUACAGUGAUAUGAAUAAAGCCAAAUUAGCUUUAUCUGGCAAAAAACAAAGAUAAUCAGCAUUUAUUCUGCACUCCAUAUGUUGAUCUAAAACCAAAAGGGAAAAAAAAGAGAGGGGAGCUGAAUCCCUCUUGCUCUGGUCAAAUGCUUUUCGAGUAACUUGAUUUAAAUAACAUUAGUGAUGUUUAAUUAAAGUACCUAAAAUACAUCAAAUGUCUGAUGUGCACAGGGCCUUCCCCAUUCUCUUCUGUGAAGGGAAGCUUUCUGCACAUGCACAUGGUUUGUGUUACAGGCACACAUCAUUCCUCUGCUUGCAGAGAAAAGCAGAGAAGUCUCUGCAUCUAUGCAGCUCCAUGUAAUCCACUGCCUGUAUAACCACUUUGUGAAAGAAUGCCUUUGAUGUUCAAAAACAUCUUCCCAAAAGUGAAGUAGAAUUAUAAUGGAAAACCAAAACGUAAAGUAACCAAAAAUGCUUCAGUUAUGAAGGCAAAAAGGGCUAUGUCAUUAACUUUAUAAGUAGGAAGUAGCAAAAAUGGUAACUUCAGUGCUUCCUUAUUAAACACCGAUUGGUCUAAGAGUAGAAUAGUGAAUGAAAAAAGCCAAACGUUUUAGGCCAUGGAUAGUUCAGAACAACCAAUUAUAUAAGUCGACCCAGAAUGAUACAAGCCAUGAUUCUUCAAAUCAGAGUGAGCCUACCUAGGACAGGAUAAGUAUCAUUUAUUUGUAAG